AAUCUCACUUUCAUAAAAUUGGCAAAACAACCGCGUCAUUGCUAACCUUUUGCUUGAUUUGUUCUGUUUCCAUCGCAUCAAGGUCCAUAAUUUGUGGAUUUUCGCAUACUACCACGCGCACUCAAUGAUCUUUUGCAGAAAGACCGAGACCUAUCAUAUCUCUGUUUGACCACGACAAACACCUUCAAGCGUCAAUCUCUUCUUUGUCGUGUUGACAUCCAGCUCAAAGCGAACACUUUGCAACACACCUGCGCAGGUCUGCUCUGCCAGUGUCACCCAGCAGCACACUUAGACGUGUUUACUCUCUCAAUAUCGCCUUGCAACACGAUUGGACGAACUGACUCUAUCGCUCUCGCUCACUGUCAAAUGUUGCCCGACUUUCUUCAGGAUUCCUACUCGACAUACAAACGAGACACAGACCUGAUUGCCAACUGGCUGGCGACCACUGCUCAACGGUGUGGCUAUAACCCGGAGACAUUGGGCGGGAGUCCGCACGAGAUCUCGCUGUCCCAACUUAAAGGCCGGGCUCGCAAGCUUGCCAGAGAUGUCCACAAACCAGAAAAUAAGGUCCAGAGGGAUGAAGAUGUUCCCGUAUACAUCAUCUCCAUCAAGUCUUUCAUCACCCUAGCAUCACAGAUUGUGGGCUGUACGAAACCAUUCAUCAGAGUUCCCAAGAUCUUAUCGCGCGUUCUGGACAGAGCAAUUGACUUUCGCAAGAAGCACAACAAGUGGUUCCGCCACAUAGGAGUUGAUGACGACUCAACCGAGAACGACACGCAUGCGCAUUUCAUCUCUGUGCUCGAGCGUGUGCGCAGCAUACUAGAACCAAACACGACAAGAGAAAGCGACCAGCUGCAGCCGAAGAGGCAGAACCACGGGGGCGAACCUCAAAAGAUGAACAAAGUGCAUACCACAAAUUCGUAUGAAGGACUCAGUGUUGAGGUAUUGUCCGAGGAGUUCCUAAACGCGCCACUUUUGAAUUUGCUCGAGGAGAAUGCCGUUGAAAUCGACGCGGUAGCUCAAUAUAGAGCCGAACGGAUGUCAAAGGGGAAAGAUAAAGUCAUGGCAACUUGUGUCCUCAUAUACACGACCAACACUGUUCGGCGCCAUGUCCAGUCGCUAUGGCUUCUAUACCGUGACAAGCGAAUCGUCGACCUACAAGCCGCUGCCAUCGUCACGGACACUGCAGUCGAGAUGGUUAGACGACUUCAGGAAGACCAUGAAAGAAACUUCCCGGAUGCUACCGGGGAUACUGGCCAUCUCGAGUGUGUUCUUAGUUACUACCAUCUACGUUGCAAGGACAUAGGCGAGGACAUUCUCAAAAGGGAACGGCCUGGUGAUACCAUCAACUUCGCUGUUUAUGAUAUCGCUCACGACUGCUUCAUUGACACUUUCAUGAUGUUACGCGAGCUGAGCGACUUCAGAACUGUGGGAGUGACCUCGCACUUUACUCACACCACAGUCGAGGAUCGUGACACUUCAACACAAUGGCACGAAAAGUCUCCUAGGGAAAAGUUUCUCGAUAAUACGAUAUUGUUGACAAGAGCAAUCACUGGGUUAACAGGUCUUGUCUUACUCGACGGUCUUUCAGACGAUGAGUUGGUUCGAGGUAUUCGAGAGAUGGGACCUGGCAAGCCGAUCCAUCUUUGGCUCGUAUUUGCAGCACCCAUCUUCCUCGACGUGCAGCACUGGCUUGGCCCUGAUGUUGAGCGACCAUUUCAAGAGAUGCAAAAGGGUGGCAGAUAUAUCAAAGCUUCCCUCGACCAGACCGUUACGUUUCACACGAAGCUUCCUCUAGAUGCUCAAGUCAAGAACCAAAAUAUCGAUAAAUUACAACGGUUGAGCAAAGCCGUGGAUGUAUGGCUUCUUCAAGAUACGAUCGAUAUUCUGGUGAACGGACACCUCGAUCCCGAAAAGAGGCAUGAUGCGUAUGACUUUCUAAAGCAAAACCCUGUCCUUUGUGGUAUCUGGCUAUUCAGCGCGAGAUAUGCAAUGCAGGAUACUAGCCUUCAUUUUGUCAGACACUGGGGAACCAUUAUAUUCGGCGCCCACUUGCAUAUGGCUCUGAGAGUACAAGGCAUUGCGUUACCUUGGGAAGACAUGGACGUGUUCAUGAAACUUCAAGAUGGCGCUAGGUUCUUCACGGGUGUGUACCCAAAGACUCUUGAGGAUUGCUCCAAACGCUUUGAUGUCUGUCAUGGCCAGUCAAUAACCACAAGCGCAAAGAACAGAAGAAGAGCAGUAAACUCAAUCAACAAAGGCAACGUACGAACUGUGCAGCUAGAGAUACCAAUGGCAAGUCUGCUUGCUGGACGUUAUAUGCACCAUCACAACUCAUCGUUAUCCACCGAUUUCGCCGCGGUUGAGAACAGAAUCAGAGAAAUACACAUCAAAGACGUCGUCAGCGGUCAGUUCUCGCUCCUGUGCGAUUCUGAGACAAGCAAACUGGCACGCAUACAGUUCUCCCGAGCACAAAAGAAUAGUACGGAGAAACUCGAUACUACUGAUCUUCUUAACGGUCUUGCCAAUUCACUCCGGAACGAAGUAGUACAUUUGUCCUUCGACUAUCUUCGUCUUCAUCGCAUCUGUUGUAACAUGAUUUCCUCGGUCAAGGAGGAAGUCGGACCAGAUCUUCGCAAUAUGCUUUUCUACGGUGAGGAGUUGAUCGGCCGUGGUGACCAUCUGCACAUACCCAGCUUUGUCGGUUGUAUUUUGAUGCACUCGAUGCAUGCAGAACAGUACCGACAAAAGAAGGACCGUAACACGAACAAGUACAGUUGUGGCAUUCUCAUCAGGACUGCACAGUGUGUCAAAGAGGCCAUCAAGGGUAAAUCAGGCAGUAUCGUCAUAGAUAUCAUAAAAGGAUACUUCGGCUACCAGUGGGAGCUGGCUGGUGAGUAAGGAAUGAGAUGCAAUCGAGAACAUUGUUGGAGGGUGCAAGCACGCAAAUUUUAGUCAAGACAAGGAAGACAGAUGCUCAAGACAAGCAGUGACGACCCAUUAGUGGUUGUGAUGCACAAAUUUGUGCAUCUAUAUUCAUGGGGUUGGUUAGCUACCCAAGAGCAAGAUCCUCUUUACAGAAACUACGAGAUCAAGGUUGUGAUUAUGAAUACUACUCUUCGAUU